AACCAGCGCUACCGCACGCAUCUUCCUUCCUUCGUAAGCCCGGAGCCCCCUCUCGGCAGCCAUUUGGCCUCGCUCGCUUCCAUUGCCUGCUCUCUCCCCUUCUGCCCUGCUUGCCUGCCUGCUUGCUCCCUUCCAUUCCCUUCCCUUCCGUCCGUUGCCAUGGCAUCCGCUGUGUGCGCCUCCUCCAACGUCGCUGUUGUCGCUGGCCCAUCCACCAGCAAGGUGGUGAACAGUGCCGGACCAGCUAGGACCUCCUUGUUGGCUGGACGUGUACGCAGGGUCACCAGGAUCGCUGCAUCUCCCCAGGCCGAGGCCCCGGUUCCCGCUCAACCCAGCCUCCCCAACAAUGACAGGCCCCUGUGGUUCCCUGGAAGCCAGCCCCCAGAAUGGCUCGACGGCAGCCUGCCCGGAGACUUCGGCUUCGACCCUCUCGGCCUCGGAUCUGACCCUGAGCUUCUGAAGUGGUUUGUACAAGCCGAGCUUGUUCACUGCCGGUGGGCCAUGCUGGGAGCUGCUGGUAUCUUCAUUCCGGAGGCCCUGACCAAGGCAGGAAUCCUGAACACACCGUCGUGGACCGUGGCUGGGGACCAACAAUACUUCACGGACGCGACGACACUUUUCGUGAUCGAGAUCAUCCUGUUUGCAUGGGCAGAGGGCAGGAGAUGGGCCGACAUCAUCAACCCCGGAUGCGUGAACGUGGACCCCGUGUUUCCCAACAACAAGCUGACCGGGACCGACGUGGGUUACCCCGGAGGUCUAUGGUUUGACCCAUUGGGCUGGGGCCAAACGGGCGAUGCCGCAAAGCUGAAGGAUUUGAGGACAAGGGAGAUCAAGAAUGGGAGGCUGGCCAUGCUGGCCGUGCUGGGCGCCGUGGUGCAAGCGAACUACACUCACACCGGGCCCAUCGACAAUCUAUUGGCACAUCUUGCCGAUCCCGGCCAUAACACGAUUUUCGCAUUGAGUAACCUGGUGGGCAAGUGAGUAGGCCGCCAUAUUCGCUGAAGCUAUCAAGGGAGGAGGCUCGUGCUGUGUGGCGGUUUGGAUCGUCAGACGGUGCAUGGGACGACCACCUGCUGGAACAUAAAAGAAUGUGCAUAAUUUUCCACCUUGGCAUUCAAGGAAGUUUUUAGCUGCACGACAUAAUUGUACACUAUUUGCGCGAGCCAUGAAUUUCCAAAAUCUCAGAGUUUUCAA